AGAUUGCGAUAAAAGAAAUUAUUUCUAUUAAACAACGAGAGAAACCCGAACUUAACAAACGAAAAGUCCCUAUUUUAGACCUGACCGCUCCUAAUUCGUCGACCGUUAUAUCGUUGAAAACAAUCGGAAACCAGAUUCGAAGAACGGUCGUGCCCACUUCUAACUGGGUAACGUCAUUGACCACACCUUGAGAAUUUUUUCGUCUGUGUUUUUAUUUACCCAAACAUCUGAUUGUCAGUUUGAUGUGUUUCUAAAAAAUCGUAAACACGACGAGUAGCAUGCGACGCUAAUUUCUCGCGCAGGACGAACGGAAAAGAUCAAGUCCGCGAUGUCGGACUUGCAGAACGAUGGUGCGGAUCCAGAUUUGCCUUUCAACGAUUCGGACAGCGCGUGUUCGGACACGCAUUCGGACCACACGUCGGCCUCCGCCGCGACCGAGAAAAGCACCCUGUCCGAAUCUACGAUCCAUGCGCCCGAUACCGAGCAUGUCGCGUCCCCCCCGAACGGUUUGUCGGAAGCGGGGCGCAGACCUAACGCGCCCCUCGUUAAUCGGGGCAUGUUGUUGCCCUGGAGCUCCCAGAAAGAACGGGCGGCUCUCCUGCUGGCCGACCAACACUCUGAGGUGAACGCCAGGCCCGGCGAGUUUGUGAUGCGCAGCCUCUUCCAAGAGUUCACCGUGCUGGCGGAGAAAAAAAUUGAAAACGUUAUGACCGAGCCGCAAGAGAAGCCGCUGUCCAAAACAUUGCAGAGGGGCGAGGACGCCCAGUUCGAUCAGCUGCUGAGCGCGUUCGGCUCGGUGGCCGAACAUUGUUUGCCCUCGUUGCUCAGGGCGUUGUUCUCGUGGUACGAGCGGCAAAUGUCCGAGGCGCCGAAUCCCGAGCAGAAGCGAAGCGACACCAAACAGAAAAGCAUUAUAAACAUAGUCGCCGGGAAUACGACGGAGACCGUAGAACGGUCGGAGGCGGACGUGCAGAAGGAGAAGCGAGACCUGGCGGUCGAGUUUAUAUUUUGCCUCGUGCUCAUCGAGGUCUUAAAGCAGCUGUCGUUCCAUCCGGGCCACGAGGAUUUGGUGCAGCACAUCGAGAAUCUCGCGCUCAAGCACUUCAAAUACCAAGAAGGGGUGCAAAGCAGCCCCAACGGGGCCAAUGUCCACAUGAUAUGCGACCUCUACGCGGAGGUGAUCGGGGCGCUCGCGCAGAGCCGCUUCAUGUCGGUGAGGUCGCGGUUCAUGGGCGAGCUGAAGGAUUUGAGGUCGCGCGAGCCGAGUCCCGCGACCAGCCAGAGCAUAAUCAGCCUGCUGAUGGGCAUGAAGUUCUUCCGCGUGAAGAUGGCCCCGAUCGAGGAGUUCGAGGCUUCGUUCCAAUUCAUGCAGGAGUGCGCGCAGUACUUCCUCGAAGUGAAAGAGAAGGACAUCAAGCACGCGCUCGCCGGUCUUUUCGUCGAGAUCCUGGUGCCAGUGGCGGCGGCCGUCAAGCACGAGGUCAACGUGCCCUGCCUGAAGAACUUCGUCGACAUGCUGUACUCGCAGACGCUCGACGCGAGCACCAAGUCGAAGCACCGGCUCGCGCUCUUCCCACUCGUCACGUGCCUCCUCUGCGUCAGCCAGAAGCAGUUUUUCUUAAACAACUGGCACUAUUUCCUGGCGAUGUGCCUGUCGCACCUGAAGAACCGCGACCCGAAGAUGUGCCGCGUCGCGUUGGAGUCCCUCUACCGACUGCUCUGGGUCUACAUGAUCAGGAUCAAGUGCGAGAGCAACUCGGCGACGCAGUCGCGUCUGCAGAGCAUCGUCAACUCGCUGUUCCCGAAGGGCUCGAAGGGCGUGGUGCCCCGCGACACGCCCCUCAACAUAUUCGUCAAGAUAAUCCAGUUCGUCGCUCAGGAACGCCUGGAUUUCGCGAUGCGCGAGAUCGUCUUCGAUCUGCUGUCCGUCGGCCGUCCCAUCAAGAUGAUCAUGACGCCGGAACGCAUGAGCAUCGGCCUGCGGGCGUUCCUGGUCGUCGCCGACAGCCUACAGCAGAAGGAGGGCGAUCCGCCGAUGCCCCGCUCGGUGGGCGUCCUGCCCAGCGGCAACACGCUGCGCGUGCGCAAGACCUUCCUCAACAAGAUGCUCACCGAGGACACGGCGAAGACGAUCGGCAUGAACGCGUACUUUCCGCACGUGCGUCGCGUCUUCGUCGACAUCCUCAGGGCGCUGGACACGCAGUACGGCCGGCCCCUUAUGAUGACCAACACCCAGAACGUCAACAAGGAGCCGGACGAGAUGAUCACCGGCGAGAGGAAGCCGCGUAUCGAGCUCUUUCGCACAUGCGUCGCCGCCGUGCCCAGAUUAAUACCGGACGGGAUGACGAGCGGCGAGCUGGUGGACCUGCUCAGUCGCCUGACGGUCCACAUGGACGAGGAGCUGCGCGGCCUGUCGUACUGCAGCCUGCAGAGCCUCGUGGUCGACUUUCCCGAGUGGCGCAACGACGUGCUGUGGGGUUUGACCCAGUUCGUCGCCAAGGACGUGCCCGACACGUUCCCCCAGCUUACCGAUCACGGCCUGAAGAUGGUGCUGACGUUGCUGUGCGCGUGGAAGUCGACGCUGUCCACUACCGCGAAGCGAACGGACUCGGGCAAGUCGGAGUCGCCGUCGUCCGUCCUCCGCCUGGUGGAGGCGCUGGCGCUCGUGACGCUGUGUAACUACCGCCUCGCCCUGCGCCGCCUCGCCGUCCUCAUCCUGAAGGAGGCCAAGAGCCUCCUCAAGUUGCUCAAUUGCUCGGAGAACGCGGCCGUCAUCGACGUCCUCGACCAGCACUGUCCCCAGGUGCUGACGGACAGGUGCCUGCCGCUGGUGCCCGCGGCGGAGAAGGCCGCCAUCCAGGCCGCGACCAACCUGGACUUUCAGUGGGUGACGGAGCGGAGCUCGCCGGCGUGGACCGCCGGCCUGGCGGAGGGCGUCUACUCGUUCAACGUCGUCGACCCGUGGAGCGCGUGUCUCUUCGCCUUCCUGGACAAGUUGCCGGGCGCGUGUCCCGCCGUCGUGAUGCACUCGUGGCCCAUCGUCUUCACGCGGCUGAACGCCCUGUACUCGGUGGUAGAUCCGACGCCCCUCAACGAUAACCGGGCUUCGCUGCUGCGGAGCGCGACCGCCGUGAAGAAGCCGCCCACCGAGCGCGACGCGUACAUGCACCUGUGGAAGAACUAUGUCACGUUCGCGUUCAAGGUGGCGCCGUUGAUGUCGAGUCCGGUGGUGAGGUGCGCGAGUCCGGACCUGAGCCUCAGCUCGUCGCCUGACAGCCUGAGCACCGACCGAGCGGCGGAGCAACGCUUCUCGAGCGGCGGCAUCUCCUCGAGCGCCCUCUACAAGCUGGUGGUGCCCCACCUGAGGUGCGAAGCGGUCGACGUGCGGGACUCGGCCGUGUACGCGGCCGGCAACGUCAACGGGAUCGCCCUGCGCGACCUCCUCGACGAGUUGACGGUGUACGUGAGGGAGGCGGUCGACAAGAAGCAGGAGAACGUGAGGCGGCGGAGGCGCAGGGACGCGCUGCGCCUGCAGAUCGUGCGCCUUCUCGAAUACGUCGCGGAGAACGAGACGUUCGGCGCGAGCGCGUGCGCCGUCGACAAGGACACCCACGGCCUGCAUCCCGUGCUCGUCGAGUUCGUCGAGGGCGUCAAGUACUACCUGGAGAACGAGCCCGACAAGAACGCGAGCAGCGUGCGCGACCUCACCUACCACCUGUGCCACUUCCUGCGCAAGACCGUCAAGAAUUUCAGCCUGGACGUGCAACGCGGGCUGCUGAAGCGCGACCUCCGCCGGGGCCUGUUCGUCCUGCUCAAUCAUUGGGCGGGGAAGUACACGCUGCCCAACUCGAAGACGUCGCAGACCGGCGGCGACGGCGACGCGACCAAGAAGCACGCGGAGCUUCAGCUCGCUUCGCUCCAGGCGAUGAGCUCGCUGCUGUGCUGCGGCCCCUGUUUCGACGGAUUGACCGAGGAGAGUCCGUACUACGCCUGGCUGGACCGCCUCUUGGACAGCUCCGACGAGAAGGUCUACGGGCUCGCGCAGGAAACCGUCGUGCUGCUACUGGAAGCGAACCCGGACGUGCCGCAGCUGCUCGACUGGGUCGUCGACAAGUGCUACACGGGCGGUUCCGCCAAAGUGGCGGACAGCUGCUUCCUGGCCUUGGCCACCAUUUUUAGCGCGAGAGAGUACCCGUGCGACCAUUACACCGCCAUCAUCAACGUCACCCUCAUGAACACCGGCUGCCCGAGACAAAACGUCCGCGACACCGCGCUCCAGCUGCUCCAGCUCCUGGACAAGCGGUUCUUCGGGUCCGUCGGCCCCCUGCCCGAGAACGAUUUAGCCGAAGGGGACCGCGGCCGCGGCACCUUGGACGCCAUCUUGUCCGCGUCGUACUGCCGCUCGCAGACCCACCUCUCCCGGCAACUGUCCCUGCUGCAUCCCGAGCUCACGAUGCCGAUGUUCUCCGAGAUCACCUACAGAUUCCAAUCGGCCAGGCCGGAGGUGCGCCAGCUCCUGCUGCAGUACGUGCUGCCGUGGCUCCACAACAUGGAACUGGUCGAUCCCAACAUUCCGCCUACCAAUCCGCACAUGUACCAGUUCUACGCGAACGAGAUGGGCGCCGAACGCAAAGAGGGCUGGGGCUCCGCCGAGGCCACCGAAAUGGUCCUCAACAACAUCUUCUACAUCACCGCCAAGUACGGCGACAACCACCCCAAAGAGAUCGAGGAACUGUGGGGCACGCUGUGCACCUCGUGGCCCAACAACAUGAAGGUCAUCAUCCGCUACCUGAUCAUCAUCUCGGGCAUGGCGCCCUGCGAGCUGCUCCCAUACGCGAAACGGGUGACCCUCUACCUGGCGCGGGUGCAGCCGGUGCGCCUCCUCGACGAGACGAUGGUCGAGUUGCAGACCGUCGAGACGCUCAACUGCCUCAUCGAGCGCACGGAGACGCCCCCGUUCUACAGGCUGACGGUGAUGAGGAAGACGUCGAGCCACUCGGACGGCGCGAACGGCGCCGCCGGUCAGAGCGACAGCGGCAGCAGGAACGACUUGAAUAUCGAGAAGGGCACCAUCCACACGAAACGGCACAGCGGCGAGGACCCGACCAAGGGCUUGGCCAAGUCGGAGUCGGCCUCCAACGUCUUCCCCGAGUUCAACGUCGGCAGGCCGCGGCGGCCCGACGACCCGUUGGAGGAGGCGUCGAACCGCGGCGACGACGUCGUCGCGUUGAGGGAGAAACCGGACCCGGCGGUGCCGCAGCCGCACCCGCUGCCGAUGCCCGAGUUCGGCGGUUACUUCGCGCCGCUCACCGAGUACCUGCCCGACAGUUCGCAGCCCAUAUCCGGUUUCCACAGGUGCAACGUGGGCGUCAUGCUGCUCUGCGACAUCGUCGUCGACGGCAUCGAGCUGGACUGGGCGAUCCACGUGCCGCUCAUGCUCCACAUCCUCUUCCUCGGUCUCGACCACACCCGCCCGAUCGUCUACCAGCACUGCAAACAGCUGCUGCUCAACCUGCUGACGGUGUUGGGCCGCCACGGCGACCACCUCACCGUCGCCCACAUCCUGCUGAACGGCCGGUCGGACCGGUCGGGGCUCGGGCUCAGCACGCCCUCGCUCGACGUCGUCAGCCACACGUUCACCGAGACGGACGGCACCUUCGACGAGUUCCUCUACGCUCAGACGAAGGAGGACGUCGCCGCGGUGCCCGCCACGGUGCCGCCGGAGGCGGAGCCCGUCGCCAAACCGGAACCGACGGUCGGCGUCGUCAUCAAGUCGCUGAUCGACUUCCUGGCGGCGAGACGGACGCCGCUGUGGAACUACGAGGACAUCACGGCGAAGGUGUUCACCGUGAGGAGCGCGGAGCAGAUGGACACGUUCGCGCAGUACGUGGUGCGCGUGUUCCGCGACUCGUUGCCGGGGGCGCACGUCACGGAGCGCUGGGCCCAGACCGCCCUCCAGCUCGGGCUGAGCUGCUCGUCGCGCCAUUACGCGGGCCGCUCGUUGCAGAUAUUCCGCGCGCUCCGCGCCCCCAUCACGUCGCGCAUGCUCUCCGACAUCCUCGGCCGGCUCGUCGAGACCGUCGCCGAGCAAGGCGAGGACAUGCAGGGCUACGUCACGGAGCUGCUGCUCACGCUGGAGGCGGCCGUCGACUCGCUCGAGUCCGAUUUCCGGCCGCUCGACCUGAUGAAGGACAUUUUCAAGUCGACGCCGAACCUCAACAACAAGAAGCACGCCGACGGCGGGAUCGCGAACGCCGCCCCCGUCUACAACCAGUCGGUGUCGGUGGGCCACGCGCGCAGCACCAGCUACUCGGUGUCGUACGGGUACCGGAAGACGCAGGUGGGCGGGGCCGAGGCCAAGGAGCGGAACCGCAACGGCGCCAACGACGCGGACCAGCGGCCCAAGUUCUCGUCGAACCUCGCGAGGUCGAGGUCCGCGCAAAGCUUGAAGAUGCUCGGCGAUUCGGCGACGCAGGACGACAAACUCACCAUCCUCGCGCAGCUCUUCUGGCUGGCGGUGUCGCUGCUCGAGUCCGACUACGAGCACGAGUUCUCGCUCGCGGUGAGGCUGUUGACGCGCGUGAUGCACCGCCUCCCGCUCGACAGGCCCGACGCGCGCGACAAGGUGGAGAAGCUGCAGCAGCAGCUGCGGUGGGCGUCGUUCCCGGGGGUGCACGCGCUCCUCCUCAAGGGAUGCACGCACCCCAACCUGUACGAGGCGACGGUCGAGUUGCUGUCGCAGUUCACGCCGCUGCUCAACUUCGUCGUGGUCGAUCCGUCGCAGAGCGUCGCGUUCCCGAUGAACGUCAUCGCCCUGCUGCCGUACAUGCUGGCCAAUUACGAGGACGCGAACGAGCUGUGCGUGCGGGCCGCGGAGAACAUCGCGCAGGUCAGCGUCGAGAAGAGCAAGAAACUGGAGAACUUGGGCACGGUGAUGAACCUGUACAGCCGUCGCACGUUCAGCAAGGAGAGCUUCCAGUGGACCAAGUGCGUCGUCAAGUACCUGCACGACACGUACGCGCACUUGAGCCUCAACGUGCUCUCGUUUCUGGUCGAGGUGCUCGAGAAGGGACCCAACGGCCUGCAACUGCCCAUCCUCAACAUCAUCCACUGCGUGCUGCACUACGUCGACCUGGCGACGACGGCCGCGCAGCCCAUCAACGCGGACCUGCUGCGUAUAAUAGUGCGCGACGUGGAGGGUCCCCACUGGAAGGAGGCGCUCAAGAUCCUCAAGCUGGUCGUCAGCAGGUCGAGCUCGCUGGUGGCGCCGCCCGCGUCGCUGAGCACGCACUGGGAGAGCGCGGGCGUGGUCACGCUGCCCCACCCCUCGUUCGACGAGGGCGUCUUCGCGCGCAAGGAGCUGCCCGGACGCACUAUGGAGUUUACGUUCGACCUGUCGCAGACGCCGGUCAUAGGAAGGCGCUUCCUCAAUAAAACCGAGGAGGCCGACCGGGCGAAGACGGCGGCCACGCCCAGGCGCUCGUGCUCCAUCAGUCCCGCCGACGCGACCAUGCAGAGCGGCUGGAAACGACCCUGGAUGUGUCAGGGUCGGGUGCGCGAGUGCCUGGUCAAUCUGCUGACCACGUGCGGUCAGAGGGUGGGCCUGCCCAAGAGUCCGUCGGUUAUAUUCAGCCAGACGUCGGACCUGAUCGAGCGGCAGUCGAGCAUGGCCUCUAGCACGGAGGAGAUGUCCGGAGGUAACAACGACACUAGCGGGGGCUCGCGACGCGACGACGCCGCCGCCGAGUUCGGCGUCUUCAAGGAUUUCGACUUCCUGGAGUACGAGAGCGAGAGUAUCGAGGGCGAGAGCGCGGACAACUUCAACUGGGGCGUGAGGCGGCGGCCGUUCGGCCAAGGCGAGGACGACCACGCCCCCGGCAAGCAGCCCGAGGAGGGCAGUCUGAGCGAAAAGACGCCCGUGUUGACAGUUAGAAAGAGGCUGCUGACGGAGGAGUCGUCGGACGACGAGGUCGGCUCCGAGUCGCCGCUCGACGAGAUCGCCAACGUGCCGGACUUCGACAACAGCACCGUCGAGAGUUCGGCCAUGUUCCCGCCGUCGUCGCUCGCGUUCAGGGAGCAGCAGGCCACCUCGAGCGCGAGGUCAGACACGAGCGGCUCGAGCGCCGCCGACCUCGGCGAGGUCACGCCGUGCAACGAGUCGCCCAAUAAUAUGUCGACCGUCCUCAAGGGUAUCGCGAAGAGCGACGCGUUAGACGCCUGGACCGCCUUCGUCCAGUCGAACAUGGUGCAGAGCACGGCGAACACGCUCCAGUUCUUCCACCGCUUCCAGACGCUGGUGCGGGACGUGUGCCGCGUGACCGUCGACAUCACAAAAGAUUCCUGCACGUAUAUCUCUCAGUCGACGGCGGGCGGAUUGCCCACCGUCAAGCUCAUCUGCUCGCGUCUCGCCUCUAUGACCGACAUCGUCGCCUACCGGGUCUCCCCCGUCAACCACAUAUGGUUCAACGCGACGACGAUCGCCAACUCGAGGUUCUUCGAGGCGCUCAAGUACGGCACGCUCGAGGUGCAAGAGCACCUGGAAACGUUCUGCGAUCGAAGGGACCAGGCGAUCAUGUACUGCGACGCGCUGAAGACCACACUGAAGCUGGAGCUGCUGAACGCCGGCCACCGCUCCGACUUUCAGCAGGAACAGUACCUGCUGGACCUGGGCAAGGCCCUCUACAAGCUCUACUUCCAACUGAUCCUGCUCGCGGAGGCGGGCAACAAGAUGGUCGCGACGCUCCACGGCAGCAUGAAAAUGGCCGACUUUAGAGACUACAGCGUCGACGUGUUGGCCAUGAAGGGGGCGCUGACUCGCGCGUUGGAAGAUAUGGAGGCGGACGGCGGCAUCACGCCGUCGGUGACGGGUGUGGUGACGUCUGAGAACCUCGUCGACAACAUCUGCCACCUGGUGGACAACGAAAAGUGGACGUCGGCCAUUUUGUUUUACAAGUGCAACAAAGACGAGUUCCUGCGAGAGAACGGGGACGUGUGCGAGAGGGCCGACGACGUCACCUCCAUCCUGAACGUCUACUGCAGGAAGCUGGUGGCGGAGAAGCCGGCGUACUACGUCAUCACGAACCAAGAGUACGACCUGGCCGACGUCUACGGCCGGUUGUUUCAAGUGUCGGCAGCCGUUUCGGAUCUGGAGAGCGUCGUAAGGGACGGCGCGUCCGCCGAACCGACCAAGGGGUGAACGGACGACUUUAGUAUUAUCGUCGAACAUGACAUUUAGGAUUAAAGCGAUGUAAUGGAAACGAGCGAGUUUCAAUUGCCCCUUCCCUUUGAUCCGCUUAGAAAUAACUACGCCGUUUAAUUUCGAAACAAACUAUAAUAAAUAGUCGCGCAGCGGCGUACACCGUGUGCCAAAUACAACGACACACUAUAGGAGAUACGAAAAAAAUGUUUUCUCUCCUGAAGAUUGAAAAUAUUAUAAAUUUGUUAAUGCACGGUGUCCCAAAAAUGUCCUACCACCCGAUAUCAACUUGGUUAUUUUAAAUGAAACGUCCCGUAUAUUUCGACAUUUUUGGAAUCUUAAGAAUUUACUUUUCGAAUUUUGCGCAGUUUAGGUAGAAAUUGAGGUUAUGUGUUUUUUUUUUUAAUAUUUUGAUUGGCCCAUAUAAAUUCGUAUACAUUUAAUAGACAACGGAGAUGAUGCACUACUCAAUCAGUUUGACAGAUGUGUCCCAAAUAGGUGGUGACGAAAUCCAGAUAUCAAUUCUAGGACAAAAAACAAGGUAAGUUUGUAAUUUAUCUUAUAUUUAAAUUUUUCUUACUUUCUGAGCUACACCGGUAUAAAUUUGGCAAUAUUAUAUAUUUUUUAAAUAGCAAAGACACGAUACUAUUUCUUUUAAAGAUAUAACAUACGAAUAAAGCCUAUCGCUAACAAUACAGGGAGUCCAUUAAUACGUGGAGAUUUUGAGAAAAAUCGACUCUAUACUACAUACUUUAACAUAUUUAAUAAAACUUCAGAAUUCAUAUUUAAAGAAACAUUUAGUAGUUAUUUAUCUAGCUUGAUUCAAAAUACCUAAUAGCAAAAAUAAAUAAUUAACGUUUAUAGGUCAACCAAAAAAACUAUAACCUAUUUAAAAUACAAAUAUACACUAACAAAAAAAUUGACAACUAUGAACUUUUAAACAGAAAUAUGAAAAACAACAAAAACAAACUGAAAUGUCAAAGUUAUACCUUAAUGCCAGACGAAACGAGCAUUUUAAGAGGAAAAUUUUUAACUAAACUUUAUGGACCGUAUUGAGGAACAUAAAUAUAAAUUCCAAAGUUUUAUUAAAUCUAUAUUGUUGGCAAUAGUUUUUUUUGGUGUCAUAUCUUUAAAAGAAGUACGAUCUUGUCUUUGCUAUUUAAAAAAUACCUAACAUUGCCAACAAGUGAAUCAAUGUGGGCAGCUUGAGAUUUUGUGAAUUCGCCGAAACGGCACCACCUACUUGGGACACCCUGUAUAAGCUGAGGCGCAUCUGUCAAACUGACUGAGUGGUGCAUCAUCCUCCUCAAUUUUAUAUGGGGCAACCAAAAUUU